AUGGGUUCACCCCCACACAACAAUUCACCAGAUGAUGCUACACCUGAUAAUGCUACCCCUGAUGAUGCUGAUGGAUCAUCAUCAAGAAAUCCACCUUCUUCAUCUUCAUCACACAAAUCAAGUAAAUCAUCAUCAAAAAAUAGCAGCAACAAUGAUGAUGAUAGUAAGGCCAUAAUUGGAGCUGCUGUUGGAGCUGGAUUUGUUAUUCUUGUCUUGGUUUGUUUUUGUUUAAUUUGUAAGAGGAGGAAGAAGAAGAAGGGAAACCCGCAAAAUUAUUAUUAUGGUCCUGGAGAAAAUUCAAAAGGGAGCAAUUAUUACCACAGUGGACAACAUCCUCAUCCAAAUUGGCAAGGAGGCCCAGGACCAGGCCCAAGUCCAAGCCCACAUGGAAUGGAUCAUGUUGUUAGAGUCCAACAAGCACCAAAUGGAAGUGGUGUUUGGGGUGCACCACACCCUUUAAUGAAUAGUGGUGAAAUGAGUGCCAAUUAUUCAUAUGGAAUGGGCCCACCUAUGCCUCCUCCUUCACCAGGCCUAUCUCUUAGUCUCAAGGGUGGUACCUUCACUUAUGAGGAAUUGGCAUCAGCUACUAAGGGAUUUGCUAAUGAGAAUAUUUUAGGACAAGGUGGUUUUGGUUAUGUCCAUAAGGGAACUUUACCUAAUGGAAAAGAAGUUGCUGUUAAAAGUUUAAAAUCGGGUAGUGGGCAAGGCGAGCGUGAGUUUCAAGCAGAGAUUGAUAUCAUUAGUCGUGUUCAUCAUCGUCAUCUUGUGUCGCUUGUUGGAUAUUGUGUUUCCGGUGGACAAAGAAUGUUGGUUUAUGAAUUUGUUCCAAAUAAAACUUUGGAACAUCACCUUCAUGGAAAGGGUGUGCCUACCAUGGAUUGGCCUACUAGAAUGAAAAUUGCAUUAGGAUCAGCUAAAGGGCUUGCUUAUCUUCAUGAAGAUUGUAGUCCUCGCAUUAUCCAUCGUGAUAUUAAGGCUGCUAAUGUUCUAAUUGAUGAUAGCUUUGAAGCUAAGGUGGCUGAUUUUGGAUUGGCUAAGUUAACUACUGAUACUAGCACACAUGUUUCAACCCGUGUCAUGGGAACAUUCGGGUACAUGGCCCCAGAAUAUGCAUCAAGUGGAAAAUUGACAGAGAAAUCAGAUGUUUUCUCCUUUGGGGUUAUGCUACUAGAACUCUUAACUGGGAAACGACCUUUGGAUUUGACCAAUGCCAUGGACGAAAGCUUAGUCGAUUGGGCUCGACCACUCUUGAAUAAAGCACUAGAGGGGGAUGGCAACUUUAGUGAAUUGGUGGAUCCAUUUUUGGAAGGAAAAUACAAUCAUCAAGAAAUGAUAAGAUUGGCAGCUUGUGCUGCUAGUAGCAUUUGUCAUUCUGCUAAGAAACGUAUAAAAAUGAGUCAGAUAGUAAGAGCAUUAGAAGGUGAUGUUUCACUAGAAGACUUAAAGGCAGGGAUGGUGAAAUCUUCAGGAGGGAAUGCAAGUGCUUAUACCUUUACAGCUGGCUCAGAAUAUGAUACACAGCAAUACAAUGCAGAUAUGAUGAAAUUUAGAAUGGCAAUAAUGUCAAAUCAAGAAUUUGGUGAUAGCAGUGAACUCUCUAGUAAGGAGAUGGGUCGUCACUAGAAACACAAGGAGUCACUUCUUAGAUAUUUAUACAACUUAAUCAAAUCAAAGAGUUUGAAUAAUUUUCAUGACAUAAUCAUGUUUUUAAGCACACACUUGAUAGAAAAGGGAAAAACAAACACAUUAAAUGUGAUGUCUUGUUGUGGAAAUUUGAGAAUGGAUGUGUAGUUUUGGGGCAUUGUUGGAGAUUUUGGAGUGUUUGAGAAUCAC